UUUUUUUUUUUGUCCUCUAUUUAAUAACGGCGUAUUUUCGAAGAAGCUUCAUUUUCGUUAAACAAAGUAUCCAAAGCACUCCUUCGAGUUCUCCAAAUGGCUCAGAUGAAAGUGGUAAUGAAGGUGCUGACCAUGACUGAUGAAAAGACAAAGCAGAAAGCCAUAGAAGCUGCAGCUGAUAUUUUAGGUGUAGAUUCAAUAGCAGCAGAUCUAAAGGAACAGAAAUUAACAGUGAUAGGAGAAAUGGAUACAGUUGCAGUGGUGAAGAAAUUGAAAAAAGCUGUUGGUAAAGUUGAUAUAUUAUCAGUGGGACCAGCUAAAGAAGAGAAGAAAGAGGGAAAAAAGGAAGAGAAAAAAGAGGAAAAGAAAGAAGAAAAAAAGGAAGAAAAGAAAGAGGAAAAGAAAGAAGAGAAAAAAGAAGAGCCAAAGUGAAAGACAAUUAAUCUCCGUUUGGGGUCUUCAAAUUGCAAAAUAAAAUGUUUAGAGAAACUUUUGUCUUCAUUCCUGCUCUAAUAUAAGUAAUUAAUUACUCCCUUUCUUUUCAA